UGAUGGGGGGAAAGAAUCAAAAGGAUCCAAGUUUCCAUGUGGACUUAAACAGCAAACAAUGUCACAUGUUUGUCCCGAUGAAACAUUUCCCUUCCUGUCUGUAAUCAGUAAAAUGAAGACCAUGCAGCCUCUUCACGUGACCACUCCAGUGAGGCAGAGCAUUGCUCUCACUAAGGCGGCUGGCACCUCUGUUUACCUCAAGCUGGACUCGUCCCAGCCUGCAGGCUCCUUUAAGAUCAGAGGCAUUGGUCAUCUCUGUAAGACAUGGGCAGAGCGAGGUUGUGAGAGAUUUGUCUGCUGUUCAGGAGGAAACGCUGGUAUGGCAGCUGCUUAUUCUGCCCGCCAGCUCGGGGUUCCUGCAACCAUCGUGGUUCCAAGUGUCACCCCCAACCAGACGGUGGAGAGGCUGAAGGACGAGGGGGCAAAUGUUGUCAUUCAUGGAAAGGCUUUGAAUGAAAGCAUUAAUUACGGUCAGCAGCUUGUGGCAAACAACCCAGGCUGGAUAUUCGUCUCUCCCUUUGACGACCCGCUCAUAUGGGAAGGACACACAUCUUUGGUGAAGGAGCUGGAGCGCGAUCUGAAGGAGAAGCCUGGAGCCAUAGUGCUGUCGGUGGGAGGCGGAGGCCUGCUGAACGGAGUGGUAGAAGGACUUCGCCGCGCCGACUGGGCUGACGUGCCAAUCGUAGCCAUGGAAACCGUGGGAGCACACAGCCUGAAUGCAGCAAUGAAUGCUGGAGAGCUCGUCACUUUACCUGCCAUCACAAGUGUUGCAACCACACUGGGCCUGGUGAGGGUGUCAGCUCAGACAAUGAGACUAGUGGAGGAACACACGGUUUUCUCAGAAGUGGUCACUGACCAGGAGGCUGUGAGAGCUGUUGAACACUUUCUGGAUGAUGAAAAGAUCUUGGUGGAGCCUGCCUGCGGCGCCGCUCUGGCAGCUGUGUACAGUGACAUUAUCAAAAGGCUGCAAGUCGAGGGCAAGCUGGCACAGCACCUGGGCCCGGUGGUGGUGGUUGUGUGCGGCGGUAACAACAUCAGCAUGGAGCAGCUUCAGAGGCUGAAGAAGCAGCUCGGCAUGAUCUAGUGUCACCGACUACCCUGGGUUUUCCUGACAUUUCUGUUUCAGUCUCUCUCUCUCUCCAUUCGCCAGUUCAGUCCCUAAACGCUGUUAUUCAUGUAGCCCAUAGAUCAAAUCAUUCCAGACUGAAACUCUCAGGAGCACUGACACUGACUGAAAAGAGGUGGGAUAGUGAGAAAAUAUAUAUAUAAAAAAAGACAAACAUCAGUUUUAAUGGACAUGAAUAUAAGAUAAAGAAAACUGACACAUUGAGUUUCAAUACGUUUUGUAUCCUUGCUUGUAAUAAUGCUUGUGUGUUAUUCAGCUUUUUUAUUUGUACUCACAUUAAUAAAUUCUAUUUCUUUGUCUUCUUAUCA